AGGAGGCCGGGCCCCGCGCCGGCGGCGCGUGCAGGGACGUCCUCGAGGCGCUGGUGGCGCUCGUCGCGGUGCACGGCAGGGCGCCGCUGCCGCUGCAGCUCCUCGCCGGCGUGCUCGCGCGCGCCGGGCCCGAGGCCGCGGCCGUCGUCCUGGAGCGCGUGGAGGCGUCGCACGCCCUGCUCGCGUGCCUGGUCGACGCGAUGGCGGAGGGUGAGGGCGCGGCGGCGGCGGAGCACGCCGCCGCCCUCGUGCUACGCCUGGCGGAGAGGGGCUCCGCGGCCCUGGAGCCGCACCUGCGCGCGGCGGGCGGCAGGCUGUCGCGGCUGCUGGCGGCGGUGCGCCCCGAGGGCCCUUCGGCGGCGGGGACGCUGGCGCUGUACUCGCUGUGCGCGCUGCGCCCCCAGCUCCUCGGGCAGCUGCUGGGCGACGAGCCGCGCGCCCGCCUGCGCCGCGCAGCGGAGGGCGUCGCGCGGUGCCUCGCGUCGCCCGCCGCGGCCGUGCGCUGCGCGGCCGCCUGUCUGGCGGAGCAGCUCGCGGCGGCCGCGCCGCCGGGCCUGUGCGGCGGCUCCUGGCUGGGCCACGCUGCCCUCGCGGCCUGGCUCGUCGACUGCUGCGGCACCUGCGACGACUUGGCCUCCAGCACAGCGGCGGCCAGGGCACUGGGGUACCUGGCGGACGACGCCGACGUGCUCCGCCGGAUGCACGGUCUCGCCAUCGAUGCCCUGGUGGAUGCCUGUGCGCGGGCAGCCGUCUCAGCCGCCGACGGCCCGCUGGAGGCCCCGCGGGAGUUGCUCAGGGCUGCGGUUGGCAGCCUGCGCCGCCUCUGCGACGCGCCGUGCCCCACGCAGCUAGAUCCACGGCGUCUGCUUCGCCUUCUCGGCGCCGCCCUCGACGCGGGGCCGGCCACAGGUGGGGCAUCCGUGCCCACGACGCGCCUCUCAGCGGGGGAGUGCCUGGAGCCCUUGGGCCUCGCACUCGCCGCGCGGCCUUUGCGGUGCAGCGAGGGUGGCGACGCAGAGGCACUCGGCCAGGCCCUGCAGGUCUGCGCCGCGCACCUGUCGCGGAUAGCCGCGGCGCCGGCCCCGGAGCCGCCGGGGGCGAUAUGCUUGCUGCUCUCUUCGUCCGCCUUCGCGGUCGCGCCGCCGGCGCCCAACGGCGCAGAGGGCGGCCUGCUCAGUUGCGCACGUUGUCUCGGUGGUCUUCCGCUGCGGCCUGAGUCAGUGCUGGCGCUGGCAGCCGCGCUGUGGCCUUCGCUCGUGGCCGUAGAGGCGCCGCCUGCGAAGUGGUGGGAGACCGUUGAGGAGCUGGCCGGGCUUGUGCCGUCGCUGCUCUUGGCACCCGCCGGGGCGUGGCAGGGUGAGGACGAGCAGGCGCCCCUGGCGCACGCCACGCCUGUCGGGGCGCAGCCCUCGACAGCGGCCCAGCUGCUGGCGGCGCUUGUCGCGCCGAGCCUGCGUGCCGCGGGGCUUGGCGGCACUGGUGGGCAGCAGGGCGGCCUGGAGCUGCCCGCCCAGGAGCUGGCCGGCGGGUGCGACGGGCUCCUUGGGCUUGGGCGGCCCGGGCACCGGCAGGCGCUCGUCGCCGCUGGCGCGGCGCUGCACGCGGCGGCGCAGGGGCGCCCGCCCCCGAGGCCCUCCCGCUUCCGGCUGCUCCUCGAUCGCGUGCUGGGCACGCUGCCGGGCACGCCCCCGCCCGAGCUGCCGCCGCGCGCCCUCGUCUUCCUUGCGGCCGCGGCCGCGCGGGCUGGCCAUGCGGACGAGGCCGCGGGGGUGGACGACGGCGGCACGGUGGUGAUCGACGCGGAGGGGGGUGGCGCCACCGUGGUGAUCGACGCCGAUGUGGGCCCGGAGUGGCUGUGGCGGGCGGCGGCGGCCGCCUUCUGCGAUCCGAGGUUCGCCCGCGAGUGGGCCUGGCUGCGCGCUGGCGGCGUGCGCGGCGGCGGCGAGAGCCUGCGGCUGGCGCUGGCCUGGCUCCUGGAGGGCGCGGGCCGGGAGCGCCCGGAGGCCGACGGCGUGCUGCGGGCGGCCCUGCGCCACGAGGCGGCCGCUGCUGCGGCGCCGCCCUCGGGCGAGUCCGCGGCCCUUGAGGGGGCCAGGAUGGCGUGGCUGGCUUCUGCCGUGCCGUCGG